GCCGGAUAAACCUCAGUGACCAACUCGCGGUCUGCCUAAUAGGACGUCUGAUAAUCCGCGAACAUCAUCCACGACAAGACGCGUCUUAUGUUAUAACUUCUGAAGUACAUACGAGCCGAAAGCUCCGAGAGAUCGAUGCUGGGUCAGUAGACGAACUCGCUCGGAGAUUCCGACGAACGAUAAAGUGCGGAUGUGGAUGAAAUAUAAAACGCGUGACGAAUUGCGUGCGAUUAAUUAAGAAAGAAAAAAACGCGGUAUCUAAGUCGAGCGAUCUGUCUCAGCUAGCACGCGUAAGUAAUGAAUGGAGCCGUCAAUAUAAUCCGAAAUGCGAAAGAAGUCGGUGUCAGUUGUAACUGACGGAGCAAUCAGUUCGUGUACACGAUUUAACAAGCGUGACCAGUAAAUUGGUUGGUAGUCGGAGGCGCGUAAAUAUUCGCUUAACGCGCUAAACACCGAUCGAUACACGCAAAUCGAUGCCUAUUCGACAAAUGACGAGUCAACGCAACGCAACACAAACUACCGAAUAAAUUUAUUGUUCAUUAUCAAAAUAAACGCAGUCGGAGAUGUCGACGAUGGAUUCGCUCCUGCAGUACGACGCCGAACUCACGCAACGUCUCUCUCAUCCGUUGGAAGACAUGGCCUAUCCGGAUGCGAACAACAACGAGGGCUGCGACCCCACGACGACUUCGUCCCCUAAGGAAGACAAAUAUUCUCUCAGGCCACGAUCGGUGCGUAGAGUAACUGAAUCGUUACGUAAACAACAAUCUUCCGAGACUGACAGUACGAAGCCGACGAAACCGGCGAAACCAAAGCAAAAACCUGCUCCACUGAGCAAAUAUCGUCGGAAAACUGCGAACGCACGAGAACGAAGUCGCAUGAGAGAAAUAAAUCAAGCGUUCGAAACGUUACGAAGGGCCGUACCACAAACCCUGUCGCAAACGCACGUCGGUAACAAUGAAAAAUUAACGAAAAUCACGACGUUGAAGCUUGCGAUGAAAUACAUUUCGACGCUGAGUGCCACGCUGAAUUCCGCGGAAGCGACGCUACCCGAUUUCGGCUCCGACUACAGUGACCUGGACUAUCUUCUCUUGGAAUCCGAUGGAGAGUCGUUGCCGUUAUCAGACAACUCGUUGCUCGCAUCCCCGGACUUCCCGGAACCUUCUCUCUCGCCCGUUGACUUCGAUGACCCAUCGCUCCCAGUGCUUCUGCAGACGGAUUUCUCCGAUCACGGAUUGGAACCAACGGAUUUCAGUGAUUUUUUGUUAACGUAACGAAUGGAUUAUUAAAGUGAGGACAACACAAUCGACUAAUUGACUAAAAGUAUUUAGGCGAACUAUAAUCAUGCGAAUACAUUAGAUUCUUCACUUUAUUUUGUAUAUAGUUCCUAGUCUAAAUUUCCAAUAAGGGCUGUAAAUGCUUUUGAAAUGAUAUUAUUGAGGAAGAGCUUAAGUGUGGUGCGUACAAGAAGAAAAGAAAUAAGAAUUGUUAAGUGAUACGUAGUUCGCCUCUAUCCAAAAGAUGCAAUAAUUGUUGUUAAGUAAGUUACACACUAGCAUAAAUCAUUGUAAAGUUACGUAGGCAUUUAUAUAAUGUUAUCAUCAACAGCAAUAAUGAAGUCAGUCGUUCUAUAUUUUGUUAACAUCAAUCUAUAGAAUUUAAGAAAUGAAAGAACAAAUGCAGCAAAUCGGCUGCUUCAUUUUUACAAAACUUUAUUAAAAAGUGAAGUCUUUGUAUACAUUUGUGCCUAUUUGAUCGAUAAAAUGUUUAAAUAAAGAGAAAGUGUAAAUAUUGUGAUAAUAAUCGUAUUUUUAUUAUAAUUUUCACAUGACCUACAUUAUACGGGAGAAAUUACGAUAGUGCCCCUUUUUAAAAUCUCAAAAGGGUAAACUUUUGUUUUCUUCUGUGCCUUGAUCUGUAAAUAACCAAUUAGCUGACAAAAAAUAAUAAACACAAAAAUGUUUACUAAAUUUAAAAUGUAGUAAUCAAGAACAUCACACUGUGGCAAAUAAGUUAUCUCCUUUAUUGAACAUAUCGAAUAUAAGCUUAAGAGCUAAACGAAGCAUCUCAAUAAAAAAUAAUUCUGCGUAAUCUAUCAAUGAUUCAUCUAAGACUAUUCUUGAAGUUUUUAAUAGAUAAGACAGUUAAAUGUACGUAAUAAAAAUUCUCUCGUGAGUUUCAUUACAAAAUGUCC